AUGAGUUGGGUUGUGGCGGAGGAGCUGCGGGCGCUGUGGUCCCGCAACUUCCCCCUCCUCUCCCUCUCCCUCCAGCGCGCCUUCCUCCUGCUCCUCCUGGCCGCCCUCCCCAUCUCCCUCCUCUGGAUCAACCUCCGCCCCAUCCUCCUCUUCCUCCGCCAGGACCCCGCCCUCACCGCCGCCGCCGCCUCCUACUGCUUCUUCUCCCUGCCCGACCUGCUCACCAACGCCUUCCUGCAGCCGCUGCGCGUCUUCCUGCGCUCGCAGGGCGUCACCGCCCCCAUGGCCUUCUGCUCCGCCGCCGCCGUCCUCCUCCACGUCCCCCUCAACUUCCUCCUCGUCUUCGUCCUCCGCCUCGGCAUCCCCGGCGUCGCCCUCUCCGCCGCCCUCACCAACCUCAACAUGAUGCUCUUCCUCCUCGCCUACCUCCGCUGGUCCGGCGUCUGCCGCCACACCUGGCGCGGCUGGGCCCCGCCCGCCGACGUCGUCGCCGACCUGCGGCCCCUCGUGCGCCUGGCCCUGCCCAGCUGCGCCGGAGUCUGCCUCGAGUGGUGGUGGUACGAGAUCAUGACCGUGCUCGCCGGCUACCUCCCCGACCCCACCGCCGCCGUCGGCGCCACCGCCGUGCUCAUCAACACCACCAGCCUCAUGUACACCAUCCCCAUGGCCCUUGCUGCUUGUGUCUCCACUAGGGUGGGCAAUGAGCUCGGCGCCGGGAAGCCGCGGCGGGCACGGCUGGCGGCGCACGUGGCGCUGGGCUGCGCUGCAGUGAUCGGCGUCCUGCACGUGGCGUGGACGGCGGCGCUGCGGCACAGCUGGGUGGCGCUCUUCACGUCGGACGCCUCCGUCCGCCGCCUGGCUGCCGCCGCGCUGCCGCUCGUCGGCCUCUGCGAGCUCGGCAACUGCCCGCAGACCACGGGCUGCGGCGUCCUCCGCGGCGCCGCGCGGCCCGCGGUCGGCGCCCGGAUAAAUUUCCUCUCGUUCUACCUGGUCGGCACGCCGGUCGCCGUCGGGCUGGCCUUCGGAGCCAGGGCCGGAUUCGGCGGGCUGUGGUACGGCCUGUUCUCCGCGCAGGCGGCGUGCGUCGUGCUCGUUCUGACGGCGGUGCUAGGGUGGACGGAUUGGGAGGCGGAGGCCGCGAGGGCGCGGAAGCUCACCGGCCGGCAGGAGAUGAAAGUGUUGUACGUAGGGAGUGGCGGUGCUCAUGAACAAGUUUAGAUAGCGAGAGGUGAAUAACACCACUAAUGGGCCACUAAUCACUCUUUUUUUUUUUAAAUUGGCCGAGUUUUUGGGCGCAAAGCGUGUGGUGGGAUUGUCCGAAGCGUUUUUUAAGACAUACCUUUUUUUUUUUUUUUUUUUUUUUCUUUUUAUCGUUGAAAAGCACUAAACGGUAAAUGAGGGGGCUACAUGCAGGGGGAGAUCGGGGAUGGGGGAGAUAAUUCUAAUUCUGUUGGGGGGUUGCUUUGGUCUUUUUGCUUCUGCCUCCACCGCCACAGUUUAGUUGACUAAAAGUUUUUGUGAUAGAGACUAAUCAAAUUUUGGGCAAUGGAGAAAAUUUGAUGCGGAGAGCUCAGAUUUUCGGCUAGAUUGAUGCCUUCAAAGUGGGGGGACUUGCACUACCACUCUGAGCUGCUAAGGGCAUCAACGUCUUGUUCAAUCUUUACUCUUAUCUUUUUCCUACUUUCGAGAUACAUGUACUGGUUUUCCUUUUUCAACUCUGCUGAGUUAUAUAUUUUGAGAUUAAAGUAGCCUUCAUGUUGACUGUAGAUCCUCUUAUUUUAUAUGUGAGAAAAUGA